AGUUCUUCAAAACCCUAUAUAUAAUACAGCAGACACAGUUCAGCGAUAUAGAGUACUGAAGAAGAUCGAUCAUCAUGUGGCGUCUUCUAGAGAACGUAAAGAAGAGUUCUAGGGUUGCAGAUGAGAACAUGGUGGUUGAUAGUACUGCAGGAAUGUUUGGGCAUGACAGAGAAAUAGCAGAAGCGGACGAAGGUGGUCAUCAUCAAGCAAGAGGAGGAGGAGGAAGAAGAAGAAGGCAUGGUGGGUUUUCUGUGAUAAUAUAUUGUAUUCUUCAAGCUCCCAUUUCUAUUCUGUCUUGUGUUUCUAGUCCUCAUGUUAAUGGAGGUUCUGCUGCUUCUGAUGGAGUUUGGCUCUCUUCAUCUUCUGCUGAUCAUUUUGCACAUAUUUCUGAGAUGAAUCAUCUAAUGGUUAGUGAUAGCAUGAGAUAUGCAAUUUUGAUGUAAAUUCAAAAGAAAUUAAUGUGAAUCAAUAUCGUCUCUAGUCUACUUGUUAUUAAUUAUGUUAUGGGGUGAUUUUUCGCCAAGCAGUAUUAUCCAACUCGAUUUCAGUGUAGUCUGUGAAUUUUCUCGGUUCAAUCUUAUUGGAAAUGCCUUUAUUAUCGUUUCUUUUAAUCUGUCAUCCCAAUUUUUGUUAUAAAUUCCACAUCGAAGAGUCUCACAAGUGAAGUGUGCAUAUAAAGGUUAGCUUUUU